CGCGCCGCCUGUGUCAUCCGCCAUCUUGUGCGAAGCAAGGUGGCAUCCACGUUCCCUGAACGUCUUCUCCGCUUUUGCCUCGACCGCCCCUUGAUCACAGACAUGUCUCGGGACCGGUUCCGAAGCCGGGGCGGUGGCGGUGGUGGCUUCCACCGACGCGGAGGAGGAGGCGGCCGCGGCGGCCUCCACGACUUCCGCUCCCCGCCGCCCGGCAUGGGCCUCAAUCAGAAUCGCGGACCCAUGGGGCCCGUGCCGGGCCAAGGUGGCCCCAAGCCUCAGAUCCCGCCACCGCCUCCGCACCAGCAACAGCAGCAGCCACCGCCGCAGCAGCCGCCACCGCAGCAGCCGCCGCCGCUUCAGCCCCCGCCGCACCAGCCGCCCCAUCAGCAGCCGCCGCACCAGCAGCCGCCGCCGCCGCCACAGGACUCAUCUAAGUCUGUUGUUCCUCAAGGACCCGGUUCGGCUCCCGGAGUAGGCAGCGCCCCUCCAGCCACCGGCUCGGCGCCGCCCGCCACACCCCCGACCUCGGGGGCCCCCACGGGGCCAGGCCCUACCCCGACCCCGCCGCCCGCUGUCACCUCGGCGCCCCCAGGUGCGCCUCCACCGGCUCCGCCGAGCAGUGGGGUGCCCAGCACCCCCCCUCAGGCUGGGGGCCCGCCGCCUCCACCACCUGCAGGGGGCCCGGUGCCCGGGCCUAAGCAGGGCCCGGGACCCGGCGGCCCCAAGGGCGGCAAAAUGCCAGGCGGGCCGAAGCCUGGCGGCGGCCCGGGCCUAACUACUCCUGGCGGCCACCCUAAGCCACCGCACCGAGGUGGCGGGGAGCCCCGCGGGGGCCGGCAACACCAUCCGCCCUACCACCAGCAGCACCACCAAGGGCCGCCGCCCGGAGGGCCCGGCGGCCGCAGCGAGGAGAAGAUUUCGGACUCUGAGGGGUUUAAAGCCAACUUGUCACUCCUGAGGAGGCCUGGAGAGAAAACUUACACUCAGCGUUGUCGGUUGUUUGUUGGUAAUCUACCUGCAGACAUCACGGAGGAUGAAUUCAAAAGACUUUUUGCUAAAUACGGAGAACCUGGAGAAGUUUUUAUAAACAAAGGCAAAGGAUUUGGAUUUAUUAAGCUUGAAUCUAGAGCGUUGGCCGAAAUAGCUAAAGCUGAACUUGAUGAUACACCCAUGAGAGGUAGACAGCUUCGGGUUCGAUUUGCCACACAUGCUGCUGCCCUUUCUGUUCGAAAUCUUUCACCUUAUGUUUCCAAUGAACUGUUGGAAGAAGCCUUUAGCCAGUUUGGUCCUAUUGAAAGGGCUGUUGUAAUAGUGGAUGAUCGUGGAAGAUCUACAGGGAAAGGCAUUGUUGAAUUUGCUUCCAAACCAGCAGCAAGAAAAGCAUUUGAAAGAUGCAGUGAAGGUGUUUUCUUACUGACAACAACUCCUCGUCCAGUCAUUGUGGAACCACUUGAACAGUUAGAUGAUGAAGACGGUCUUCCUGAAAAACUUGCCCAGAAGAAUCCAAUGUAUCAAAAGGAGAGAGAAACCCCUCCUCGUUUUGCCCAGCAUGGGACAUUUGAGUAUGAGUAUUCUCAGCGGUGGAAGUCCCUUGAUGAAAUGGAAAAACAGCAGCGGGAACAAGUUGAAAAAAACAUGAAAGAUGCAAAAGACAAAUUGGAAAGUGAAAUGGAAGAUGCCUAUCAUGAGCAUCAGGCAAAUCUUUUGCGUCAAGAUCUAAUGAGACGCCAGGAAGAAUUAAGACGCAUGGAAGAACUGCACAAUCAAGAAAUGCAGAAACGUAAAGAGAUGCAAUUGAGGCAAGAGGAAGAACGACGUAGGAGGGAAGAAGAGAUGAUGAUUCGUCAACGUGAGAUGGAAGAACAGAUGAGACGCCAAAGAGAGGAAAGUUAUAGUCGGAUGGGCUAUAUGGAUCCAAGAGAAAGAGACAUGAGAAUGGGUGGUGGAGGAGCAAUGAACAUGGGAGAUCCCUAUGGCUCAGGAGGCCAGAAAUUUCCACCUCUAGGUGGUGGUGGUGGCAUAGGUUAUGAAGCUAAUCCUGGAGUCCCACCGGCAACAAUGAGUGGUUCCAUGAUGGGAAGCGACAUGCGUACUGAGCGCUUUGGGCAGGGAGGUGCGGGACCUGUGGGUGGACAGGGUCCUAGAGGAAUGGGGCCUGGAACUCCAGCAGGAUAUGGUAGAGGGAGAGAAGAGUAUGAAGGCCCAAACAAAAAACCCCGAUUUUAGAUGUGAUAUCUAGGCUUUCAUUCCAGUUUGUUUUUGUCUUUUCUUGUUUAGAUACCAAUCUUUUAAAUUCUUGCAUUUUAGUAAGAAAGCAACCUUUUUAUGGAUGUUAGCAGUUUAUUGACCUAAUAUUUGUAAAUGGUCUGUUGGGGCAGGUAAAAUUAUGUAAUGCAGUGUUUGCAACAGGGGAAUUUUUUUUUUUUCCUUUUCUUUUUUUUCCUUUUUUUUUUUUUAAACUGUAUAAUGUCCCUCAAGUUAUGGCAGUGUACCUGUGCCACUGAAUUUCCAAAGUGUACCAAUUUUUUUUUUACUGUGCUUCAAAUAAAUAGAAAAAAUAGUUAUGAUAUUGAUCUUCAACUUUGCCAUUCAUGCUUCUAUGCACAUUAGGCUAGGUAUUCCACUUGGAAAGCAUAAGAGUGUCUAGGCCUUUGAAUGGCAUAUGCCAUUUCUGGGAAAUGUUAUUUGUAGGCUAAGUAUUGCUUUCUACUUAUAAGUACCCCCUUGUUUUAAAAAGAAGAAAUGCUUAUUGAAGUAGUUUCAUGAUUUGAUUUGUUUGGCAAGGAAGCAAGCUGGUGCUAAGUAUUUUUAAAUGGCUAUGUAAGCAAAGCUGAACUGUAAAUCUUCAUUCAGGAAUGUGUAUCAAGAUUAUGGAAUGGGUGUAAGACUAUUGAUAGGGGGAGAAAGUGGGUAUGACUUAAAUGGAUCUUUUAUGGCCCUAUGAUCUAUUCUUUCCUUGAAAGUUUCUGAAGAAAAAGUGGAAAGAUCAUUUUGUUGCAUUCCUCCAUUCUUGUUUUUUAAAAAACGAGUCCCAAGCCCUACAAACGGCUUGUAUUGAACUUUCACAUUUGAAUUAAAGAUUGUUAAACAUGAAGCCUUUUCAUGUAUUACUUUUAAGUGAUUUAUAAAGGUGGAGUUUAGUGUGAAUAAUUCAAUUAAAAAAUAAGAGGUAUAGUUAAUCAUGAAGUAGGUUAGAAGUGUAUAUACUUGUACUCUUUUACAUCUCCUUGUGCUACUUCUAUUGGGCAAAAUCUGUAGGACUAUGGAGAAAGCCUAUUCUGUUUUCUAAGAGCUUGUAGUGACUGUUAAUAACAUAGGGUUGCAGAGAACCAUUGUUACGAAACAUUUUUGUUUUUCAUAGUUUCCUUUUGAUGUGGCACAAAAUCUGGAGAGAGUUGCUCGUGCUACACAGUGCAGAUGUUCCUUUCUCCCACCAUAAAGCUUUUGGAGUGUUUCGAUGGUGUUGUCAGUUUAACGUCAACUUCAUUGACUCUCCUUCCAUCAGAGACAUUUUGACUUACUAAUGAAAUAGUUUGUUACUGGUGUCUGUUAGUACAUUGGGAACACCUGCUUUCCCAGUGUAUAUAUAAGCAGAGGAACAAUUUCCUAAAAGUAGGAAAAGUAAUUGAAUGGUUUGGCUUUGAUUUUCGCUAUGUUUCCAUUCAAAUUUGUACAUUAUAGAACUCUUACUGUGGAAUGUCUUCCUCCUUUUCACCUCUUAGUGUUAAUUGGCAAAAGUAAAAUUCUAAAUCAAGUCUUUGUUUAAAUGCUGAAGUAAGUUUAGUAUUGUGCCUGAGUACAAAGGGAAACCUAUAGUUGAAACCGCUCAGCCCUGUGCAUAGGGAACCUGUUAAUAAAUACUAGUGGAGUAUAAAGGCAUGCCACCAAAUUCUGGUUGUGUGACUGACAGGUACCUGGUGUGGUAAUUAAGGGAGAGAAUCUCAUUAGAAAAUGUUCAUUAUUUCUGUUCACCAAGACACUUGGAAAUGAGUAGUUCUAUCAUAAUUAUAUCAUAGGAAGUUUUGUCCCAAGUCAUUAAUUGGUGAUAAUGUAUGAGAUUUUCUGUACUGGAAACAAGGGUCUUGAUUUGAAAGGAGUCCAUUACAAUUUGAAUUGUAUGGUAGGGACUCCCGUUAAUGAUAAGAAAAUAAGGGGUGUUCAUGGGACACCCACAGAGGGUGAACUUGAAUGUGUGGGUGGGGGCUGGUGGGGAAAUGGGAAAAUCUGCCUAUAAAAUUAAUGUUUCAGUUUAUUUUUCAGAUUACAUGCCUUUCUUUGUAAGGGAUGCUGGCACAGACCCCUAAAAUAAGCUUUUCGUAGUACUGUACCUUUGAAGAGUGGUGAAGGAUGCUAAUGGAUUAUCUCCUGAAAGUUGUGGUUUUGAUAGCCUUAUUGUGUAGAAUUGCUAAACAUUGUUUAGCAAGUAAUGUUGCUUAGUUUUAACUACGUUUUGACUUUUAUCACUGAAAUAGCAGUGUAUCAAGGGUUGUAAGCUACUCAGACUUUCAACAAGUCUUGCAAUGUAUAUGAUAGCCUAAUGUGAAUUUAAAUCAUCUUAAAAAGUAGAUUCCUAAAAGCUGAUUUACGAAACUUGGGGUGGGAAAGGGAAGGUAGUAGUUGAGAGGUAUUUUGGCCAUUCUUCUCAUUUAAAGAAAGCACCUGCCCCCAUUUCCUCUUCUCCACUUUCUCUCAUAAUUUUAAGAGGAACACUUGAUUGUUUUAAAACUAACUGCUCCUCUUAUUACUCCUUAUCUUUAAAAACUGCAUUCUCUACGAGAUCCCAGUGUAUUUAGUAGGUACUUUAGAAACUUAACCCAUUGGCUCAUGUUUAGUGAAACCAUAAUCCUCUUCGCUUAAAACACUAAUUAAACUUCUAAGAAGUACUGUAAACCCCACCACUCUUUAUUAGAUGUAUUAUAUCACUAAUAUAAAUAGACAAUAAUUUGGGAAAUUGUAAUGUUACGCCUGUGCAAUUUUUGUAAGUGGCAUAUCAUGGCAGAUAAAAAUUUAGAUACUUGGCUUUUCUUGGGCAAGCCACUACGUUUGUGGCGGAAUAUUCUCUGGUGUUCUUGGACUGCAAUUGUGCACUAUUAAAGUAGUGGCCUGCUACAUAACUGCAUUUAGCCAGCAUUUCUGCAGUGCGUAACUGUGAGGAACGUAGUACCGCAAAUGGCAAUGGACAUUAGGACCCGGAUGUAGUAUUCCUGCUUGCUCCGAGAUUCUCAUUGCCGACUGCAUACAGGUAAGAAUGAUUGAUGUUGGCUGAUAACUGGAGUGCUCAUUCACUUGAAGUGGAUAUAAGUUGUCAAGAUGUCACACAGCAUGAGCUGAUCAAGAAGGAAAGCCACAACUUGUUACACUGAUGCAGUAUCGAGGAUCACGUGAACUGUGUCCUGAAAACCAGUGAGGAAAAGAGCAAAGAGAGGAAUCAACCUGUUGAAUAAAAAUGUUUUAAGAUGGGA